AUGUCUUCAGUUGUUGAACCCGUCGGGAUGUUGAAGAAAAGCUACCGUCGUCAGAAAUCUCAGAGAUUAUGGGCGAAGCUGGUGAUGAGAAAGUGGUUGAACAUAAGUGCUAGAGAUCCUGAGUAUGGUGCCGAUGAUACUGAAGACGAAUCCGAAAACGACGACGUUAAUGAGGAAAACGACGAUUCUAGCUCCGAUGAAGACGGUGGAGAAUCGAACACGCGAGCAAAAGAACCAUCCAAAGUUUGUGAGAACGCCGAGGACGCAAUGGCCGCCGCUUCCGCCGCUGUCUCCGCCGCCGCAGCUGCCGCAGAGUUUAUUAGUAAUGAUGCUCCGUUGAAGCUAAGGAGAAGGAAUUCAGAAACACUAAGAGCACAGUACAUUAACAACAAAGAAAUAAGAGUAUGUGUUGGUACGUGGAACGUAGGAGGAAUAUCACCGCCUUCUGAUCUUGACAUCGAUGACUGGAUCGAAAUUAAUCAUCCAGCUGAUAUCUACGUUCUUGGUUUACAAGAGAUUGUACCGUUAAAUGCCGGAAACAUUCUUGGAGCGGAAGAUAACCGACCGGUAGCGAAAUGGGAAGAAGUGAUCAGAGAAGCAUUGAACAGAGUCAGACCAAAAAAUUCGGCGGUUAAAAGUUACAGUGAUCCACCAUCUCCGGGGAGAUUCAAACCUUUUGAGGAAACACAUGACGUUAUAGAGGAAGAAGUAGCUUACGAGAGUGACAGCGAUAUGGGCGUUGAGAUUCACCCGAUCGACGAGGACGACGAAGAAGAAAGCGAAAGACUCGGAGAGCUGAAGCACGACGGAAGUCUUGAAGAGUUAAAACAUGACGGUGGAGUUAUCGGCGAAGUCAACACUCUCAUUGACCCGAAUACCGGUUUACCGGUUAUUAAGAUUAAGAGACAAUUCUCUUCUCCUAAGACGUUAGACAGACAAGGAUGCUUACGUGUUGAUAGCUUUGAGAAGAACAAGAACAACAACGAGGAUUCAUCUGAAACCGGUGUGAAGACGCUAAACCGGGGAGAAAGGAUCGGUUUGAACAACGACGAGGAUGCCACUGAAACCGCUAUGAAAGCGCUAUACCGGAUGGUUAGUGGGAAAGAAAGGAUCGGUUUGAGCUUUGAGAGGAGUAACAUCAAGGAGGACGCCUCUGACACCGGUUUGCGAACGCUAAACCGGAUGCUAAGUGGGAAAGAGCGGAUCGGUUUGAGCUGGCCUGAGCCGCCUUUGAACAUGUUAGGACCAUCUUGCGUUCUUGAAAGACAACCGUCUAUAAAGACGGCAAGAUCAUUGAGAACGGAAAAAUCUUUCAAGGCUUACAGUUCGUUUAAGUCUUUGGCCGGAGGCAACCCUGGGAUUCCGCCGGAAGUCUUGGCUCUAGCGGAAAUGGACUUGAAGUUGCUGAUGGAGAGGAAACGAAGACCGGCUUAUGUGAGGCUGGUGAGUAAACAAAUGGUUGGGAUUCUUUUAACCAUUUGGGUUAAACGAAGCUUGAGAAAACAUAUUCAAAACGUUAGAGUCUCUACGGUUGGUGUUGGCAUCAUGGGAUAUAUUGGUAACAAGGGAGCUGUGUCUGUGAGCAUGUCGAUAAACCAGACGUUCUUCUGUUUCAUAUGCACACAUUUGACGGCAGGAGAAAGAGAAGUUGAUCAGAUCAAGAGAAAUGCAGAUGUUCAUGAGAUACAUAAGAGAACAGUCUUUCACUCUGUCUCAGCUCUUGGACUUCCUAAGCUUAUCUUUGAUCAUGAAAGAAUAAUCUGGUUAGGUGAUCUCAACUAUCGGCUUAAUCUAUCGUAUGAGAAAGCUAGAGACUUGAUCUCAAAGAAAGAAUGGGACCAUUUGCUUGAAUAUGACCAGCUUGUAAAGGAAUACAAGAAAGGUAGAGCAUUUGACGGAUGGUCAGAAGGAACUUUACAGUUCCCGCCGACCUAUAAGUACCAAGCGAAUUCCGAUGAGUACACCGGAGGCGAUGGAAAGGCUAUACGGACACCAGCUUGGUGUGACAGAAUACUAUCUUACGGGAAAGGAUUGAGGUUGGUCCAUUACAGAAGGACCGAGCAGAGAUUCUCAGAUCAUCGUCCGGUUACAGCGAUAUACUUGGCUGAAGUCGAGGUGUUUUCUGCCAAGAAGCUUCAGCGAGCUUUGACAUUUACGGACGCAGAGAUUGAAAACGAGGACAUUGUGGCCGUCGUCAUUUAA